UCGUUAUUAAAAAAAAAAGAAACCUAAAUGGGGUUAGAGCUUCAGAGUUGUGACUGUCGAUGACUAAAUUACCAAUCUGUAAUAGUAGUAACUUAAUUUGUUCUUAAAUUUUCCAAGAAAAAGCUAUCAAAAAUGCAUAGCGAACAUAAAAUAUCACAUAAAGCAAAGAAACGCAUUAAGGAAGUCAAAAGAAAAGCUCGCCCCGAAUUAGCAGAUAAGUAUCAAUGGACAGCUUUAAAGUAUGCGGGGAAUUUUGAAGAAUUUCUAAAAUGUAACGAUAAUGUUGACAGAAUAAGUGAGAAUGAAGUAUCACCUGAUGAAUUUAUAGAGAAAUAUGAAAAAAUAUACAAACCUGUAGUUAUAACUAAUGUACAAACAAACUGGAAAGCGAAUCACAAAUGGACCUUAGAUAGACUUGCCAAAAAGUAUCGAAACCAAAAAUUCAAAUGUGGAGAAGACAAUGAGGGUUAUAGUGUUAAGAUGAAAAUGAAGUAUUAUGUAGAAUACAUGCGGACAACGACUGAUGAUAGUCCACUUUAUAUUUUUGAUAGUAGUUUUGGAGAGCACCUGAGAAGGAAGAAACUCCUCGAAGAUUAUGAAAUCCCAAAAUAUUUUAGAGAUGACCUGUUUAAAUACUGUGGAGAAGAAAGGAGACCUCCAUAUCGCUGGUUUGUAAUGGGACCUCAACGUUCAGGGACUGGGAUCCAUAUAGAUCCUUUAGGCACAAGCGCUUGGAAUGCUUUAGUUUUUGGCCACAAGAGAUGGUGUUUGUUCCCAACACAAACUCCAAGAGAACUCAUCAAAGUAACUGGAGCGAUGGGUGGAAAACAAAGGGAUGAAGCGAUCACUUGGUUCAAGCUUAUUUACCCCAAAACACAGAUGGACUCAUGGCCAAAGGAAUAUAAACCUGUUGAAAUACUCCAGAAGCCAGGAGAAACAGUAUUUGUGCCAGGGGGAUGGUGGCACGUUGUUCUGAACCUAGAUGACACUGUAGCUGUGACACAAAACUUCUGCAGUCGCACAAACUUCCCUGUGGUAUGGCAUAAGACUGUACGCGGGCGCCCUAAAUUGUCGAAAAAGUGGAUUAAAACACUUGAAACCAAAGAGCCUGAUUUGUAUAAAAUUGCAAGUAGUAUGGACCUAAAUCAGGGUACUGGCGUAGCUUCUGACAGUUCUUCCAAUAGCAGCUCGUCUAGUAGUGAUAGCGAGAGUAGUUCCUCGGAUAGCUCCGGUGAAGAAGACAGUGGCCAGGAAAGCAUCUCGGCGCAUAAGAAGAAGAAAAGAAGGAAAAUGUGAGAAGAUUUAUCUACACAUAUUGUAGAUAUAAAGUACCAAGAUUUGUAUUCUUAUUGAAUUUAUAUAGUAAAACUGCCUCUUUUGUAUUAUUAGGUGUAAUAACUAAUUUAAAAUCAUUUUUACAGUUGUUAAAUUAGAAAGAAAACAGUAAUUAUUUCUUUUGUUAACUUACUCAAUUCUUUAUGAAGAAAAUAAAGUAUUAUUAUGAAAAAUAA